AGAACCCGGAAGUUCUCAGCGACGUCACUACUGUGUUGACAGUAGCCUUGUGUUUAGGUGUUUCUAGUGAUGCUGUUUUUUUUUUUUUUAAGUUAACUUUUUUUCAUGCCUCAGUUAUGUAAAGUGACUAAACUGUAAUCAGCACCAUGUUAAAAUAUGUUGUGGCGCUUAUUUCCGUGAGUUUGGCGGUGUGGAGCGGGUCUGAGUGGCUAAACCUCUGGCUUUUUGAUUUGGAUGUGGCUCAGGACUCGGGCAGACUACUGAGCCAGGAAGAGCUGGCACUUUAUAACGGGAAGGAGGACAGUAAAGGACUUUACCUCGCCAUUUUAGGACAGGUGUUUGAUGUUGAGAAGGGGAGGAAACAUUACGGUCCUGAUGGAGGCUAUCGUUUCUUUACAGGAAGAGAUGCAUCCAGGGCUUUUGUGACAGGCGAUUUUACAGAGGCAGGGUUGACCGACGACGUCUCGGACCUGUCUCCAUCUCAAAUAGUGGCACUCUACGACUGGCUGGCUUUCUAUCAGAAGGACUACACACGUAUAGGUAAGUUAAUUGGUCGAUUCUACAGCGAGAGCGGAAAGCCCACAGACGUCCUGAAGCAGGUGGAGGCCUCUUUGGCUCAGGGGCUGAAACAGAAAGCCCAGGCUGAGAAGGAGAAUGAGCUUUAUCCAGCCUGUAACUCCGAGUGGCGCUCUGACAGAGGAGGACGUGUCUGGUGCUCCACUAAAAGUGGUGGAGUGCACAGAGACUGGGCUGGUGUUCCCAGAAUGCUCUUCUCACCUGGUUCGGGCCAAGCACGCUGCGUGUGUGUACGGCUGGAUGAUCGCACACAAUCAGAUAACCCUAAUCUCCAGCAGUACAAAGACUGUCCACCUCAGGCCGAGUCAUGUCUCCUUAGCCAUGACUGAGCUUUCUAACUUUUUAUGUCAUUAGUUCUUUUUAUUGUAAGCAAUAUAAACUGGUUUGACUGGUCUCAGGAUGGAUAACCAGACAGGAUACAUUUAAGGGUGCUAUAUGUAAGAUUUUUCUGUUUAAGUGUCAUUGGGCAUUACACGUUUUGGAAAUGUAUCAGAAACACAUCAAACACCAGUAUAUUCUCCAUUGUAGAACCCGGUGUGUGUGAAGUUGGGUAGGAAGGAAUCAUCGCCUUACCUGCUGCUUCAACCCACCUGCUCUCCAUCCACAGCUGAUGCUUCACCAUGCUCCCCUGCCACAUUUAUAUUGUCAAAUUACAGUUUAAGGUAGUUUGCUGAUUCAGAAAUGUACUGUACCCACCCCCUCCUCCCAGCAUGCACCAUACACUUUAUUAGGAACACCUGUAUACCUGUUGAUUCAUGCAAUUCUCUAAUCACGUGGCAGAAGCACAGUGUUUACAAUCAUGCCGAUACAGGUCAAGAGCUCCAGCUGUGUGUUCAUGUUAAAUGUCAGAACGAGGGGGGAGAAAAUGUGAGCGCUGUGACUUUAACUGUGGGUAUUGUAGCCCAACUGCUUUUUUGGGCUGCGUUCUGAGAUGCUUUUCUGCUCACCACGGAUGUAAAGAGUGUUCGAGAGUUACUGUAGCAUUCCUGUCAACAGUUCUUUGUGUAAACUCUGUAGAUUGUUGGGUGUGAAAAUCCCAGCUCAGCCAUUUCUAAAAUACUCCAAUCGGACUGCCUGGAACCAUUCUUGAUAUAGGAACAUGAUCAGCAAUGGGGUGGUUCGACGAGAGGUCGUAACCCAGACUAGGAGUUCUUUCCUGUGCCAGAAAACAAAGUUACCUCCAACUGUUACAAAGCACUGACACUGGAGAUUCCUUCCAUUAACGUUAAACAAAUAUCUCCUUACAGAAAACUUCACAAUAUCAACAAUCCGUUUUUAUUUAUGAAACAAUUAACAUGUAUUUAAUUCAUUUAUUAUUAGUCUUAGACUAUGUGGAAUGUCUGCCGUACAAGUCCCUGUGAAUUAUCUGUUACUACAGAAAGGAAAGCGUUAAUAUAAACGUGAUUUGCCUUGCAGUUGGCACCAGUGUCAGAGAUGCUGUUCAUCAGCACCACAGCAGUGUAAAAAAUUAGUGUGAUGAUGUGGGACAACCACUACAAGGAAUUCUGUCACAAGGUUACCAUGUCAAACCAUCAUACAUUUCUCUGAAAGCUGCAAAGGGAUUUUUAAUACAUGAUCAAAGCGACAUGCUUACAUUGUUGUUGAUUUGGUUUUUAUUUUUAAUAUAUUUCGGCUGAUAUUCAGUGAUUAAUGUUUUCAAUUAUGCACCUGAACUAAUCGAAACGUAUAAAAAGCAGUAACUCCCUCUUUCCACUUGUAAACAAUUGAGAAAAGUCAAUACAACUCGCUUUAAUUGUUUGUUUUUAAUCGUCUGAUGACCUUAAUGUAAAGUUGUCCUCCCUUUCUUGAAAAGGAUACUAGAGGAAGUGACAGGCUAGAUAUCUGAGCAUACAGAUACAAUAUAUAGUGUGCAUAAGAGAUUGGACAGAGGCAAAAGAGCACAACUUGCGUUUAAGUACAAAACAGUUGUAGUGGUCAAAAAUAGUAUACAAUUAGCUGUACAAUUUAACAUAACCUAGAAUGGACUGCGGACUCUCUGACCUUGAAUGUCACAUUCUCUUUUUGUACGAUCAGGGAAAAAAAAAAGUCCAGUAUGAUAAAGUGCAGCUGUUUAGCUUUUCAGAAGACAGAGUUUAAAAACAUAAUACGGUCAAACUUAACAUGUCAACAGGCAAAUCUAAAGAUUAAAAAAAAAAAAUUAUUAUUAUAAUAAAAAUACACCCACCCACCCA